UGCAUCUAUUCGAUUUUUAUUUUUUAUUCUACAUAUGAUUCAGGAAUCCUAAUUAUUAUCUUCAAAAAUGCAUAUAUGAGAAACAACAAUAUAUAAUGAAACCUAUUAAAAUACUUAUUAUUUUUUCCGUUAUUGCUAUCAUAAUAUGCCUAAUAUAUUUUUUGUACCAAAGUUCUACAGAAUUAGAAUCAAACCCAAAAAUAGCCAAUUCAAAAGUCAAAGAUUUCACCGGCAUACGGCAUCUUGAUGUUUAUAAACACAAUAUCCCACCACCAUCGCCCGCUAAGGAUUCAUCCCUCGAACCCGUAUUCAAGGAGAGUUUCGUGAGCCUUGGCUCCAGCUGUCUCAUACACGUCAUAACUUUAUCAGGCAAAAUUAAUUCUUCGUCAAAUGCCAUAUCCUCACUACCUUUAUUAAUAUUUUUACAUGGUAAAUCAUACACCGCAAAUACGUGGUACGAUAUAGGGACACUUCAAACAUUCGCUCGUUUGGGGUACCAAAGCGUGGCGUUUGAUUUACCGCCCCGUUUCGGCAAAACCAGGUGUCAAAACCCCUCCCCGGAGAACUUCGAUAAUUUUGUCAGACUUUCUACCAAAACGCCCUUGUCAACUUUCAAGGCCUCCAAGCUCGACCUCUAUAAAAACGCCAUCUUUCUCAACGACCUCGUAAAGCUUUUAUUGAAUAAUCGCCAAAACACAAGUUCUAAUAUCACUUUCGAGGAAACCACAGUUUCUAAAGUCCAGGACGUCGUUCUGAUAAGCCCCUCCAUGAGCGGAAAGUAUUCCCUGCCUUACGUGAUGUUAAAGGAGAUGGGUCCCAAUAAAAACGGCGCCGACUCAGCCUUCGGUCUAGAUUUGAUCAAUUAUCCUCGCGCCAAUCUCAAUUUAACCCACACCCGCCCAUCGCUCGCUUACAAUCUCAAAGGCUUCGUGUCUAUAGCUCCGACGGGUACAGAAGAUUUUGAUUUUGUUGAUUACAAGCGUUUGAGGCUACCGACUCUUAUCUCGUAUGGCGAAGCAGAUACAAUGCUUGGACUCGAUUCCCUGAGAUAUUUGGAGCAGAUCCCGACUAGCGUAAUAGUGCCCCUGGUCAAUGCCGGUCACGCCUGUUACAUCGACCAAACUGUUAAAUGGAACCAAAUUCUGUACAAUUUUUUGUUGGCGCUUUACUAAUCUUUGCGUAUUGUUUAAAAGAGUUAUUAGUCAAAUAACUCCGUUUUUUUUCGUCCAAAUCGCUAAAAUUUAGUUUUGCGAAGUAGAAAAUAUUAUUUUUUUUUAAAAAAAAAUAUAUUUUAAGUUUAUAUAUAAUAUAUAUACAUAUAACCGAACCGAUGCCAAAAUCAAAUAUAAUUUAAGAAAAUUUAAUUUAAUAUUUAUAAAGUUUUUUAAUAAUUGUAUUAUGAAAUGUUAGAAAUCGUAUCUUAGUUAAAUUUUUUUUAUUAUUUUAAAAAAUCUUAAUAUAUAUUUUUUAUAAUACAAAUAUGUUUUUUUAUUUAAAUAAUGUUCAAGUAUUAUUUUUUUAAAUAUUCACCACCUUUUUAAAAAUGAAACAUUUUUUUAUAUGAUGAAUUUGUCAAAUACGAU